AUGCCACCUUCAUAUUCCCGACACGCCUACUUUUGUGAACUGAAGUUCCCGGCCGUCGAAACCGUCGACAUAUUAAACGGCAAAUCAAAUUUUCACCAAUGGCACUCUCAAAUCCAGCCCAUUCUGUUGUCUAAUCCCUUUUCUUCAGAUUUGAUGCUCGGAACCUGGACGGAACCUCAGUCCCCUUCAUCCUGGAACCCCAAACAGCAGGCAUCCUUUGACGAAGAACGCAGAGAAUGGCACGGUGCGAACAUGGCGACCUGUCGCUUCAUCCGCGCGACGUUGGCCAUGAAUGUGAGUCCAUUUGUCCGCCAAUAUACUACUGCAAAAACACUUUUCUUCCACCUUGUGUGGCUUUACGGAGAAGACGCAGGGAUUGAUUCUCAAGGUGGCCCUCCUGUACCUGCGAACGCUGAAACUCCAAACGCAAAGAAAGGCCGUGCCAGUCUUCUGGCCGCACUGGAAGCGAAAAGAGCCAUGGACUAUCUGCAACCUGUCUGCGCGACCCUCAAGCCAUCUGCUUCGACCUUCCCAGCUUACAGAACCAACAGCAGCAGCAACGAGGUUUCUUCCAUUUCUUCGUCGGCGACAGAAGCUCCUACCUCUUAUAACAAGUUACAGAAACCGCAAACCACAAAAACGGCAGAACCUGCGCAGGUGCCAGAGCAACAUGCCACGCUAGUUCGUUUGCUCGAGCGGUCCCGCGUGUCUCCUAACCCCAGUUUGGAAACCAUCCAUGAACGCGAUGAGCCCCAUCCAGGAAGGCGUGUGCCGUCCGGCUAUGCGAUAGAUUUCGACUACGAUCUUUCCAGGGGAGAUCGAGACCGGUCCGGCAGGAGCAUCAGCCCUUUUUCUCGGACUGACUCGGGCAGUGAAUAUGACGAUGAUGAGGUGCGCCUUCUCCCCGCGGAGCAAAUGACAAGUCCAUCACUGGUGUUGUCUAUAUCCAGGACCGCUGACUCAUGGGACCAGAAUCAGGAUGAGUGCCACCUCGAAGACAUCGACGUCGCUGAAUCCGCAUCGCGGCCAAAGAAGGGUCAAGUCUCUCAUCCGGACCUGGAGCUCAGGCCAGCAAAGACAAGCAUUACCUCCAUUCUAAAGACCGUCACGGCAAACAAAAAAGCGAGGAAGCGGGACAGAUUCUCCUUCUCGUUCCCUCUGCGCCGGUUAAGUACGGAAAGGGAGAAAUCCAGGAGCAAAGGCAAGGGCAAAGCGCGGGCUUGA